ACUUCUUGAAUGCCUUGAAGAAUUGACAAAAGUAAGUGUAGGGGUAUUCUUAAAAGGGACAUUAUUUAUGAACAGAAAGAUAAAUUCAUACUUGAAAUAAGUAAUCAUUAUUGUGUAUGCAAUGACUGUCUUUUGAAAAGGAUUAUAGGUCUUUGAGAAACUUGAAUCUUUUACAUGGAUAUUACUAAAUGCUCUCCUAGCAUGGGAACAAGUGGAAUUAAAAUGUGUAGUGUUAAAGAAGGGAGUAAAAAUUGACAAUGUUCUUUUUUUGUCAGCGGGCAUUUUAAAACAGUCGUUGAUAAGGGGACCCAGUUUAAUCCUGAAGAAUGGAAAAGCCAAAUUACACCAUGAAGGGUGAUAUUAUGUGGUUCAUCAAAUCGAAUUUGAAGAGUAAUUUUAUACCAUACACUGUCGAGCAUGUUUUCUCAUUAAUGAAAGUCCAACGGACAAAAGAACGAAAUCAGUGAGAUGUGACCAACGUACAAACUAUGUUACAAUGUAAAUGGAACACAGACCGCAUCUGGAAGUAAUUUUAUAAGCGAAUUCUGCAAAACAAGUAACCAUAAAGAAAAGAAAAAAUCAUAAGGGAAAUUCGUAUGUAAUUUAGAUACUUACAAUUUAUUUCAGACAAGAACGAACAAAAUUGUAGCACAAUUAUUCCUCAGAUUUAUUUGUUGUAUCUGGCAACUACCCAACGAAUCCGAAAUCACAGAUAUUUUGCCAAGGGAACGAGCUCGAAGGUUUACAGAUGUGGACUGCCCCUUCUGGAGACGCGGGAGCCUCGCCAGGUCUUCGGCGCAUGCGCGCAACUCCCCUCCUCGCCCUCUGUUUUGUUUUCGUUUCCGGGGGCGGCCCCGCGCGGAGACUGCCGGGAACCUUGUACUGCGCGGAGCCGCUCUCGAGGUCGUGCGGUGGCUGGUAGAUCCAAGAGUCUGAACUACAAGGCUUAGAUCCAGCUUUUUUGGAACAAAACAGUUCUUGUGAGGUAAGAAGGAAGGGCUCCGGGAGCAGGAAUCCUCCUAAGAAGGACACAGCUAGCUGGCCUGAGAACUCAGCAGAUCCAGAGUCAUUGUGGAAGAUCCUAAGAAGGAGCAAAGGCUUGAUUUACACAGCCAGAAGCAGUUCAUUCUUGCCCAGAAUCCACAUCCAGAAUCCCUCACAAACAGUGAUGGUGGAAGCACCGGGCCAACUCUGAGGAGAGGGAGCUGUACUCUUCCAAGACCAGCAGAAAAUGAUCGCAGCCCAGGCAACAUCAAAAGCAAACAAUAACAAAAGCAACUACACUAAGUAGUACCAUUGGGUCCAGAGAAUCUUCAAGGGCAUCAUUAAGCUAAGUCCGGGCACUCGGGGGAUCAGUGUCAUUCAGGGAUGUGACUGUAGGCUUCACCCAGGAGGAGUGGCACCACCUGGAUCCUGCUCAAAGGACCUUAUACAGGGAUGUGAUGCUGGAGAACUACAGCCACUUCAUCUCAGUAGGAUUUUGCAUCCCUAAACCAGAAAUGAUCCUUAAGUUGGAGCAAGGAGAAGAGCCAUUGGUAUUGGAGGAAGAAUUGCCAAGCCAAAGCUACCCAGAAUUAACUAAUGAUAAUGACCAUGAAAGAACUCAUUCUGAAGAGAAAUUUUAUAAAUAUAAUAAAAAUGGGAAAGUCCUGUGUCUUAAUGAAGACCUUGUUCAGCAUCAGAAAGUUCAAACUUUGGAGCAGCCUUUUGAAUACAAUGAAUAUGGGAAAGCUUUCCAUGAGAAUUCACUCUACUUUAUACAUAAAAGGACUUCCAUAGGACAGAAAACCUGUGAAUAUAGUGAAUAUGAGAAAGCCUUCUGUGAUAUGUCAUCUCUCAUUGUUCAUCAGAAAACACAUCUAGGAGAGAAUCACUAUGAAUUUAAUGAAUGUGGAGAAAGUUUCUUUAAGGAGUCCAUUCUCUUUGAACAUCAGAGUGUUCACCUUUUCAGCCAGAAGUCAAACUUCACUCACAUUCAGAGAACCCACACAAUGGAUAAUAUAAUUGAAUGUAAUGAAUGCGGGAACUUUUUUAGUGAUAAGUUAGUCCUUGGUGUACAUCAGCAAACACAUACAGGGGAAAAACACUAUGAGUGUCAUGAAUGUGGAAAAAUCUUCAACUGGAAGUCAGCCCUUACAAGACAUCAGAGAAUACACACAGAAGAAAAAUCCUAUGAAUGUCAUGAAUGUGGGAAAACCUUCUACAAGAAUUCAGACCUUGUUAAACAUCAGAGAAUUCACACAGGGGAGAAACCUUAUGAAUGUCAUGAAUGUGGGAAAUCUUUCAGUGAAAAGUCAACUCUUACUCAACAUAAGAGGACACACACAGGAGAGAAACCAUAUGAAUGUCAUGAAUGUGGGAAAGCCUUCUCUUUUAAGUCAGUCCUUACGAUACAUGAGAAAACACACACUGGGGAGAAGCCCUAUGAAUGCUGUGAAUGUGGGAAAGCGUUUCUGAGAAAAUCAGACCUCAUUAAACAUCAGAGAACUCACACAGGUGAGAAACCUUAUGAAUGUAACAAAUGUGGGAAAUCCUUCUCAGAGAAGACAACUCUCACUAAACAUUUGAGAACUCAUACAGGUGAGAAACCAUAUGAAUGUAUUGAAUGCGGAAAAUUUUUCUGCUACUACUCGGGUUUCACAGAACAUCAGAGAAUACAUACAGGGGAGAAACCGUUUGGAUGUAAUGAAUGUGGGAAAACCUUCCGUCAGAAAUCAGCCCUAAUUGUUCACAAGAGAACACACAGAAGGCAGAAACCUUAUGAAUGUAGUGCAUGUGAGAAAUCAUUCUGUGUGAAGUCGAAACUCAUUGCACAUCAUAGAACACACACAGGGGAAAAACCCUAUGAAUGUAACAUUUGCAGAAAAUCAUUCUAUGUGAAGUCAAAACUCACUGUACAUCAGAGAACACACAUGAGGAGAAGCCCUAUACAUAUAAUAAAUGAGGUAAAUCUGGUGAAGUCAAAAAUUGGUAGAACAGAGACCACAAUGUAAUGAUUUUGAGAAAAUUUUGACCUAAAGUCAAUUCUCGUAGGACAUGAGAAUUUAGGCAGGGCAGGAAAAAGUAUGAACAUAUUUAAAGUUGGAAAACUUUUUAUUGGAAUUUAGACCAUACAUUAUAUCAGCAAACUCAGGAGUAGUGAAAACCUAUCGAUGAAUGAGUAUGGGAACUUUUUGCCCAAAGCCAUGCCUUGCUAAACAUCAGAGAACUCAUACAAGUUUAGAAAACUCUAUCAACAUCCUGAGGGUAGAGAUGACCUCAACCACAAGGCAGACUUACUCAUCAGGGAAAAUGUACAACCUUAGGAAGGUAGGGGAGCAUCUACUAUGAGGAGACAUUUCACUGGAUAUGUGUAUGAACAAUUACAUCUUAGUGGGCAUCAGGUAGUCAUUACUAGAGAAAGUACCUCCAACUGUGUGAAGGCUUCAAACUAAAACCAAAUUUUGAGUUAAGGAAAUACAGAAAAAAAGUUUUCAUUUACAGAUGGCAUUCCACUUUGUUACAAUCCAGUUUGGCACAUUUCUGGGUCUUUUGUUCCCUCCUGAUUAAGAUAUUGGCUGUGAAAACACAAAAUACCUGAGUCAGUGAUCUUAAGAAAUUUUAAAACUUAUUGCUCAGGCAUAGGCAAAAUGAGAGGAGUCCUUUAGCAAGGGUAUCCACUGACAAGAGGACAUUGACAACCAGAUGGAGAGAGAGUGAUUCUGAUUUGGGGGACAUACAGAGGGCAGCAGGAUUUUUGAAUAAGGUUGGGGCAGACUGAUUUUGGGUGGCCUGUCUUGAAGGGGCUAACCAAAGGGGCAGUGUGGGUUGCCUGGCAUAUGACUUACUGAGCCUUCAUUGGAUCUGGGCAUCUGGUUGUGGGCAUCUGGUUGUUUCCACUCUGAGAAGUGUUUAACAGUUUGGUCAAACAUCAUUCUGUUGUGACUUAUUGCACCUUACUCUCCACAUAUUUAACCUCAUUUUAUGUGGUGUAACAAUUUUUUAAAAACAAUGCAUUCAUAUACAGACAUAGUCACUGUUAAAUAUGUUAAAAGCAGAGUAGAUUUUGCUUCUCCAUAGGAUAGACAGUGCUGUACCAUUAAGAACUACCAGAAAGUCAUAAAAAUCAUGUAUUUAAGUGUGCCUAAUUCCUGCAGAAGCAAAGACUAGAGGAGUAGAAUAGAAAGUAUGUCGGCAAUAUGCAGCUGUUUUCCCUGGGAGCACUUGCCAAUUCUAGCUCCAGAGGAAUACCUGAGUGAUAGGCUUGGACCAAGCAGACUAGACCAGGGAGACUAUUGCCAGCAGAGCUUUUGGCAGUCAAUGCUGAAGUGAAAAAAAUUGAAUUGUUAGGGCUUCAAACAUGUAACCAAUUUUUCAAGAUAUUUUCAGAAUUUUGAUACUUUAUAGGGCUAGAGCCUGAAAUGCUGGGCUGAAAAACACAAGUAGGUUUUUCUGCAGUUUUGCAGUGCUGAGAAUAAAAUGAUUACAGUUCAGGAAUUGCCAGUAUGAUGGGCCCUUGGUGAACAUAGCAUGUUAUCAGUAUCAACCCUGGAAACAAGGUCAUAUCAGAGGUAGAUUGAAUGUUAACAAAACUGCCAACAAAUACCUUAGUAGUAUUUUAAAAAACCUGCCGAGAAAGAAAACUCCAGGUACAGGUGGCAUUACUGUAGUUAUUCCAAAUAUUUUAGGAGUAAAUAAGACCGAGCUUCUAUAAACUUCCAAAAAUAUGAAGAUGAAACUUUUCUAGUUUCAUUUUGCAAAGUCACUGCAACUUUGGUGCCAAAACCUGAACAAGACAUUAUAAGAAAUAAAGUUACAGACAACUAUUUCAUGGUUUGGCUGGAAAAUUCUAAAAUAAAGAAUCCAGACAGGGGACUCUCGGAGGCGGGGCAAGAUGGCGGACUGGUGAGCUGUAUGUUUUAGUUACUCCUCCAGGAAAGUAGGUAGAAAGCCAGGAACUGCGUGGA